AUGCGUGGGUUCCAUGAAAUUGAGCUGCAAGUGCGAGACUACGAACUCGAUCAAUUUGGUGUCGUAAACAAAUCCGUUUAUUCAAGUUACUGUCAACAUGUACAACAAGAAUUGAUGGGACUGAUAGGAAUAAACGCAGUUGACGUUGUUAGUUCAGGCGAGGCCCUAGCCUUGUGUGAGAUGACACUAAAAUUCCUCAAUCCAUUAAGAAGUGGAGACAGGUUUGUUACUAAGGUGAGAAUAUCCAAUUCAUCAGCAGCCCGAUUCUACUUUGAAUACUACAUCUUCAAGUUGCCAGAUUAUGAGCCUAUUCUUGAAGCGAAAUCGUCUGGAGUUUGGCUUGACAAGAACCAUCGCCCUGUUCGAAUACCAGCAGAUUUGAAGGCCAAAUUUGUCAAGUUUAUUCGAGAAGAGGAUAAAUCCAACUAA